UCUAACCCAUUAGAGUUACUCACUUCGUAUCGGAUGCAACCGUAAGAUCCGAUCUGCCGGUGGCCGCCGGCGAGAUGGACCUGCCGGCGAGCCGCGGCCGGUGGCGCAGGCGGAGCGCGCGGUCGAACGUGCGGCUACUUGUGGCCGUCUUGUUCCUCCUCCUCCCGGCAUCCCUCCUGCUCUCCUCCUCCUACUCCUCCCUGCUCCGCUCCCUACUCCCCUUCUCCGCCUCCGCGCCCGGCAGUGACGGCGGCACCCCGAGGUGUGGGCGCUCCGCGGAGCUGCAGGGAGAGAGGUUCCUCUGGUACGCACCGCACAGCGGGUUCAGCAACCAGGUGGGCGAGCUGCGGAACGCUGCGGUUGCGGCCGCGCUGCUCAACCGCACCCUCGUCGUGCCCCCCGUGCUCGACCACCACGCCGUCGCCCUCGGGAGCUGCCCAAAGUUCAGGGUCGCCGAACCCUCCGACCUCCGAGCCGCCGUCUGGGACCACGCCAUGCAGCUCCUCCGGGAGCAGAGGUAUGUUUCGAUGGGUGACAUAGUUGAUCUGUCCCCACUGAAGCCUUUGGUUAAGACAAUUGAUUUCAGGGUGUUUGUUUCAUUAUGGUGCGGUGUAGAUAUGCGGAAAACUUGCUUUGCUGGGUUGUGCUGUGCUGUUUCUGGCGGUGGAUCAUUGCCAAGUGACUAUGAUAGAUGCCGGUCUUUGCUGUCUGGUUUAGAAGGCAGUGAAAGUAGUGGUUGUGUGUACCCUGUUCAGGAUGAUUGUAGAACCACAGUCUGGACAUAUCAGGAGAAUAAUGAUAGAGCACUGGAUUCGUUUCAACCUGAUGAAGAGUUAAAAAGGAAGAAGAAGAUAUCAUAUGUUAGGAGGCGUAAAGAUAUAUACAAGAGUUUAGGGCCUGGUAAUAAAGCUGAGGAUGCUACCUUGUUGGCCUUUGGGACACUUUUUUCAGCACCAUACAAGGGAUCAGAGUCUUAUUUUGAUAUCCAUGAAUCACCAAAGGAUCAUAGAUUACAGAAUCUACUUGAGAAAAUUGAGUUCCUUCCUUUUGUCCCAGAGAUCAUGGCUGCGGGGAAGGAGCUUGCUAAGAGCAAGAUUAAGGAGCCUUUUCUUUGUGCACAACUAAGAUUGUUAGAUGGCCAGUUUAAGAAUCACUGGAAAUCUACCUUUUCUGCCCUUAAGGAGAAGCUGAAAUCUCUUGAGGUGGAAAUGAAGACAAACAAGAACAGUGGUCCUGUUCAAAUUUUCCUCAUGACUGAUCUCCCCCCAGCAAACUGGACGAAAACCUAUCUCGCAGAUAUUGCAAAAGAUGUGAGAUAUCAACUGUACACCCUGAAGGAAAAUGAUGUUCUACAGACUGCCGAGAAGCUUAUGGCUGCUGAACAUGGCAUAAGGUCUGGAUUCCUUCCAAAGAUCAGAGGAAACACGAACAAAGAUUGUGAUUCAGUUCAACUGCCGGAAAUUUUAUUAUAUAUCGAAGAAUCUGUUUGCAGCUGUGCAUCACUUGGAUUUGUGGGGACUGUUGGAUCAACCAUAGCAGGAAGCAUAGAAACAAUGAGGAAGAACAAUGUCUGCAAAUUGUAGGAGAACUACAUCAUUUGCGCAAGCUGCCAGAAAACUAACCGAUGCUAUUUAACGAGUUAAUUUCAGUGGGGGCUGUUGCACUACAGAGAGCUGAAUCAUUGCAGACUUUAGACUGAGAAACGACUGUUGGAAUCAAACAGAUUUCACGGAGAUGAAUGAAAAAUUCUAACUAUUUGUGUAUAUCUAACUGCACUGUAAUGCACAACUUACAGUGAUAAAUAAGCUGUGGUAGUCCCAGAAGCUUGGCUUAGCUAGAGAUUGAUCGUUUGCUAGUGAGUUAUUUCUAUCAAUAGAAACUUCUACCUUUUGA